CUACUGUAGUCAGCUGUGCUGGCAGCUCAGCUGAUUUCCAAUUAUUUCAAAAUAAUUUCAUACCUUUGCGAAAACAUAACAAAGAUCACUAACUACCAUUUUUAUUCUUAUUUCGUUAAAUAAUGUCACGGAAGUGUGAUUUUCUGGUCGUCGGAGGCGGCAUUGCAGGUGUAAGUUGUGCUGAGACAUUGGCCAUCUGUCGGCCCAAUGCCUCUAUUCUUCUGCUCACGGAAUCGCGCAUCGUAAAGAGCGUCACAAAUCUGGUGCCCAUCGCCCGCUAUCUGCACAAGUUUGACGUCCGAGAGCAAGAUGUGUCAGAAAUGGGAGUCACCAUAGAUACGCUGGUGGACCAGCUGGAUCACAUCAACAGCAGCGAACACUGGAUUCGCACCAAAGGCGGUCUGGUUAUCCGCUAUGACUAUUUAUGCCUUUGCACUGGCGGAGCUCCGAAAUUAUUCAACUUACGCCACGAAAAAUCUCGUAUAAUUGGAAUCAGGGACACGGAUUCCGUUCUGGAAUUGCAGCGACGACUGGUGGCGGCCAAGGACGUCCUGAUUCUGGGAAACGGAGGCAUAGCUAGUGAACUGGCCUACGAACUAAAGGACGUAAAUGUGCACUGGGUGGUGAAGGACAGCCAUAUUUCAGCUACCUUUGUAGAUCCUGGAGCAGCAGAAUUCUUCCAGUUGGCCAGGAGCGAAGUGCCGGAGAAGGACGCCCAUCCAAAAACAGCCAUUAAGCGGAUGCGUUAUGGAGAAAUGAUGCCGAAGGAACAGCAGGAAAGUAGUCAUGGCGCUGCUCUGGGUCCCGAUUGGCAUCGGACCUUCGACUUGAGUGGCGCUGCUAGGAAUGGAGAUAAAGUUUUGCCAAAAAUUUACUACAAGUCUCACAUACUAGACUACCAGGAACUUCCCGAAAGGGGGCUUGCAAUUAAACUGGGCCAUGACGACGGCUCUUCCGAAGAGAUAGUCUGUGAUUUCAUUGUAUCUGCCACAGGAGUCCAACCCCGUCAUGAAUACACUUCCGACUCGCCAAUUACGUUGGCAAGCGACGGAGGCUUCGCCGUUGAUGAGAUGAUGCGAACCAAUCUGCCGGACGUCUAUGCGGCGGGCGACGUGUGCACUGCUUCCUGGUCACCUGCGCCGCACUGGUUCCAAAUGCGUCUUUGGACACAGGCCCGUCAAAUGGGCUCCAUGGCGGGACGGAGCAUGGCGGCCAAGAGCGAGGGAGAAACUGUGUACCAGGAUUUUUGUUUCGAGCUUUUCGGUCAUGUCACGCAGCUUUUUGGGUUCCCAGUCGUACUUCUAGGACGCUUCAACGGCCAAGAUCUGGGUCGGGACUACGAAAUACUAGUGCGAUGCACUCGGCAUAAGGAAUACAUCAAGUUUGUACUCCAAAACGGAAAACUGAGGGGUGCCAUACUGAUUGGAGACACCGACUUAGCCGAGACCUGCGAGAACCUUAUUCUGAAUGGCAUAAACCUGGAACCAUAUGGCGAUGAUAUACUCAAUCCCGACAUUGACAUUGAAGACUAUUUUGAUUAA